AACAUUGGAGAACAGCUUCCAACUCGUCAGCGGAUCACAGUCUUAUAUUUCUCUCUCUUUGAUCUUCCUAUUUUAAUAUCAACCCAAAACUCUCUCCUUGUGACUCUCCAUUCCUCUGUGAAUCGCCUUUCAGGUGAUCCCCCCCCCCCCCGGGAUUCGGCAACCUCAAGCGCACAUACACACGGAGACCAAGAUGCCGCCAUAUCUAGAAACUCUUGCCGAGCGCUUUGUCGACCAGGAUGGGUUGUCAGCUGAGGAGCAAGACAAUAUCAUUGCAGAUGCCUCUGACUAUGUCAGGUUUGGUUGGAAGCACCAUCGCGACAAUCCUCAAUCACCAGCCACUCAGCUGGCCAUGUCAAUACAUCGCUGGGCAUCUGCCACAAAUGAUGAUGACAAUGAUGGCGAUGGAGGGGUGGCUUCAGACCUGGAAAGCAUUGAGAAGACCGCAAGAGCACACAAAUUCAUAUCUCGGACCUUGAAUACUCUGCCCAAGGCGACACUACAAGUGCGAGAAGUAUACCAGCUGCGACAGAAGCGCUGAUUGGUCUGGUCUGGAUGGACAACUUCGACCUCUCUUUGACUGAGGAUCUGCUCCUCACCAUCGGCACUAUGGACCCAGAGAAUUACACCAAACAGCUUGCAAAGACACGGUCAGAGAUUCUACAGCUACUGAGAUUGCUUCUCACUGGAAAGUGCGGGACAUACCUUCAGGGCCGUCACCAGGGGAGCGAGCACCUCCUUCAGGUUUUAGGCCUCGCUGGAAAGGAGAGAGACCCUUCCAAUCUCCUGCACUGGUUCCGCGAUCUGAACACCAUCCUCAAACAAAGCGUUCUAUCGACAGAGGUUGCGGACGCAGCCUUCGCGUCCUUCUCUCCUUUCUUUCCCAUCUCUAUCCGCAGGUCGACUGCAGCCGGGCCCGAAGUCACCGAGCAGCAACUAAAGGAUGCCUUGAACUCUUGCUUUUCCUCAAAUGGGCGUCUUGCUCACCGCACAAUCCCUUUCCUUGUGGAAAAGCUGGACGGCGGAGCGAGUCUCACUGCUGCGGCCAAGCUUGAUAUCCUCCGAACCAUCAAGGCAUGCGUCGAGGGCUACGAGCCCAUCGAGACUUAUGUUCUGCCUUAUCUUGCCCAAAUCUGGUCCUCACUCAAGUAUGAGGUCAGAAAUGGCGAGGUACCAGAGGCAAUUCAGGAAACACUAUCAGUCUUUGAGAUGUCUACAAAGCGACUUGCGCUGCAAAGUGAUCCCGUUCAUUUGAAGGACUUCGUCGACACCGUCUGGAACGACUGCGCUGAGGACUUUUUCGAGAAUCCGACCUAUACCGAACAGCUUGGCUCAAUUCUUAUUAGUGUGGCACGAGCACAUCUCGAGCCUCUUCGACAGAUCAGCCCUCGUAUCAUCGACACUAUCAAUCGUGCUAUCGCUCAGCCGAAAUCAUCUGCACACACGAAAACCCUCCUGUUGAUUCUCAAUAACCUUCUCCGUGCUCGUCGGCAACUAUUGACCUCGCCCUCAAGUGACCUAGAUAAGCAAGAUGAGUUGAUGUUGACGACAGCCCGUGACAUUUAUCUCAGCAAGCUGAAGGAGAAUGGGGUGGACGAUCCAAAUAAAGAGCAAGUCGAGGUCGCCAAGGAGGCUCUCGAAGGGCUCGCUCAAAUCGUUCAGCAGCCAUGCCCGAUAGACACCGGAGGCGAUGGUAUGACUAGCUGGAGCAAGGCCAUGCUUGAAGAGAUCUAUUCAACAUUGGCAUUCCGCUACAUGAACGAUUUCGGUAUACGCCCUGCAGCUCCUUCAGACGCAUACAAAACCAUCGAGACUGCGGCUGGCAUUGCUCUUAGGAUGACAGUCAAGUUCUAUCCAGAAGGUUAUGGCAAUAUUGUUUCCGGUCUUCUCAGAGAAAUCGAGAAGAGGAGUUGGACAGGAACACCUCCCGAGCGUUCCUUCACGGCUCUUCAAAAUUCGUGUAUCAAAGCUGCGUUUAUCGGUUGCACGGUUACACCUGAUGUCAGAUCAGUGGGCGUGGUCAAUUUCAGCAUCUUUGCUGGUAGCAUGCUGAAACUGCUGGGCAUAUUCUCCAUCUCGAGGGCCAAUGUCAAGGCCUCCUUCUGGGUCAUUCAUGCUCUAUUCGAAGGCGUCCUCGGCUUCAUACGGACUCCAGAGGUACAAGGCGAGAUCCUCGGCAAUCCCGUCCUGUGGGAAGCAGCAUGGAGCCUCGCGUCAGUUGAAAAUGCCGUCAAGGAUAUACUGCCUACCUUCCCGAAUCUCGUCUCGGGGCAGUUCUCUCAGUUUGACCCCUCUCAGGUGGUUCAACUCUUGGCGAAAGCGCCCAAGUCGCAGGAUACCGCCUUCGUGGGCUCAUUCCUCCAGCUGGGUAUCUACAUUGUGAGCCAAUUGUAUCAGACCGCUACUGAGGAGAGGGAGGAUGGCACCGAAGGCGCUCAUCUCCAUCUCAGUGAGCACCUGAGCCUUGCCGCCGGCGGAGUCGAUUCUCAAAUAAGCCCUUUGGAAUCUCAGGAGCUCUGGAGGAACAGAUACCUGGAGGCGCUGGGUAACAUUGGUCACACCGUCCUUGUUGACCUUGGUCUGCCGGCCCAGCAGGCCUUGAACCUGGGUCAGCAGAUCGUGGCAUGUUUCCGUCCAUUGCGCUCUGGCCAUGAGGGCCGCUCCUGGGAAUACCACGCCGACGGCGUCAUUGCAACGAUGUCUCGUGGGGUCGCCUGUGCCGUUCGCCCCCAGAUUGUACUGGAACUGGGUAACGAUAUUCACGACUUGCUCGUCGGUGAUUUCAGGUCGAUCUCGGAGCUUCCGUCCCAUGUGCUCUUCGCAAGGGAUCAGAUCGCCUACGAGCUUGCCAACAAAUACGACACUCAUUUACUACAGUCAGGCAUCCAAGGGGACAGCGAGCCUGAAGCCUGGGCUAAGCUUCUGGCCGAGAUCCAGAACAUCUUGUGCGAUGCGAGCGACAUGGCUAAUAUGCCUUUCGACAAAUUCUCCCGUAUCGUUUAUGUGCUCGCCGGAGCUCUCAGACGUGGUGAUCGGUUCAUCGGAGAAGACAUGUACGCAGCGAUCAGCCGCGCGCCGAUAAAUGGUGGCCCUCUGCGGGGGAAACACAUGGCGCGGAACCUCCAAUUGCUCUUCCUGGUUCAAGAUGAGCUUCCUGCAGGACGCCAUGACCACGCUGCAAGGAAGCGUCUCUUCCAACAACGACUAUAUUAUCAGAGCAUCCGCCCGGUUCUGGGGCUCGCAUACCCUCUGAGCCCGGAAAGAUGGGACUCGGUCAACUAUGCGAUUUACGUGCUCCAUGCCGUCAAGAACCUCACGUUGAAGCAAUACGAGGAGAACAGAACUGAGGUGUUCAGGAUUGCACUCGCGGCGAUGCAAAAGGCAGAAGAUCCUUCCGACAUCAACGCGGCUUGUGCAGUCGUCCUCCAGCUAUACAACGGUCCCAUCCGUGAUCACGUCUCUACCAUCAUUGGUGCCUGCAUACGCGUCUACCAAAAGGGGCUGGACAUGAGUCCGAUUGGCAAUGCGGAUGCAAAUCCUUGGAAGCAAGAACCACUCAAGGACCUCAAGCCGCGAUUCGUACACAAGGUUGAGCCGAUUGAGGUCCGCAAGAAAUCGAUUCAGCUACUACGACUUCUACCGGCUAGACUCGAAGAGAUGGUGCUCCGACCUCAUGCCAACGUUGUGUUGAUGCACCUAGCAACUGUUUACGCUGACAAAUCCCGCGAGGUCCGUCAGCUGGCACAAGGGGCGAAGAAUGAAUGGAUCAAGAUCGGGGAAUAACCGACUUCACGACCAAUUGUGAGAGAGAUGAUGACUUAACGGCUAGUGUGCUAUCAAACGACCCCCAGUAGUUACCUGCUUGAUCCAGCGCUUCUCAAGCUUCCGUACUGUUCAAUAUUUGUUCUAGUUGUUUUGCGAAGCUACAGUGGGCGUGGUGAAAAGAACCAGGGGCGUUGGGGUUGGGUGGGAGGGGGGCAGCGGAAAAGUUCGUCUUAUUGAGUGUUGCGUUUUCAGGAUGUUCAAUAGUGUUUGCGAUCAGGCAUUCAGGCAAGACCAUAGCGGCAUUCCCGGGUAUUGUAGGGCAUAGAAUGGUAAAGAAGCUUUCCCG